AUGGUUAACACUAGACAGGUGUUGUGUAAAGGUUUGAGAUGGGUGGUGGGUAAUGGUGGUUCCAUUCCUUUCUGGACCUCCCAUUGGGUUUUGCCUUUCCCCCUCCUUGAUCUCAUUCCUGAGCACCAAAGAGGUUCUUUGAAUCUUGAUGAAAGAGUUUCAGACUUUAUCAUAAACAACAGCUGGGACAAAAGAAAAUUAUCUCAGGUUACUGAUGAUGAUUUGACUGAGAAAAUCUUAUCUAUUCCUUUGCCAAGAACUAAUCUGCAGGACAAAUUGAUCUGGGUCCCCAACCCAAACGGUUCUUUCACUAUCAAAAGUGCAUACAACUUACAAUUUCAGGACCAACCAUCCCACCCUCAUGCGGGCCUACUUUAG